AUGGCUAACUCCAGAGCUUUGAGAUUCAUGGUAGGGAAAUGGAUUCCCCGGUCCUUGAUGGCCGCGAUUUUCGGGAUGAUCAUGUUUUCCAGGUUCACAUAUGGAGAUCAAACGGUGGAUCCUGAGACUGGUUUAAUAUGUAUCAGUGACUGCACUACAUGUCCAGUCAUAUGUUCACCACCUCCUCCUCCUCAACUCGAGCCUUCAGGUCCACCGCCAUCACCUCUACAAUCACCGCCACUAGCAUACCACUCUCCACCUCAAUAUUACUACAUUUCUCCACCUCCCUCGCCACCAAAACAAUCACCUUUGCCACCUCCCUCACCGCCAAAACAAUGCCCCCCAUCAUAUCCUUCGCAAGGCGCUCCUCCUCCUCCUCGGUUUAUGUACUUCUACGGCAUGCCUCCUGCUGGUCCAGUGCCAACAACAGCAACAACAGGAGCAGGAGUGGCGAAUAACAGUUCACAUCCUUACUACUACUUUUACGCCUCCGAGGCUUCUUCUCCUUCUUCUGUUCAUGUCUUUUUUUUGUUCAUCUUGUUAGUUCAGGUUGUGUUUUCUUUUUGGUGA